GUGCCAUGUCGUCCAUGUAUGUGGCCUUGUAUAGACUGUGCAGCCAACGCGAACAGCCCCGGCAAGACGUGUCCGGAUCGACACCGUCCAACUCAAACCCCAACGGCCGGAUCCGACCCGGCGUGCUCUACAUAUGCGUCCCGUCACCCCUCUCCUCUUCAUCCUCUCUUUUCUUCGCCCAAAUCUCGCGUGCUGCCUCCGUCCUGCCCCCAGCGCGUGCGCUCCGAUCCGCCGGGUUUCAGCGCUGCGGCUGUCGAUUUACGCGAUUUGUCUGGCAGAAUACAGUUCAGAGCCUCGAGCGCUGCAGAUCGAGGACCUGGUCGUCGGAUUCGGGCGCCGCGGGUGAGACCUAGGCGCCGGAGUUUUUGUGACGGAGUUUUGGCGUGGUUGGUGGAGGGGGGGAGGAAGGAGCGGUCUCAUAUGCGCGUGACGGUCACGCCCAAGGACGAGGAAAGGCUGGUUGACUUGAUGGCGCGCGAGCAGCCGCGGUCGGCGGUGGUUGCGGCGGGCGGAGAUUUGGUCACUGCUGCCGGGGGCGGGGGCGAGGGGUCGGAUAGGGACUCUUCGGGGUCCAUAGAGGAGAUUACGGCUGACGACUUCAAGAAGGACUCGUCGUCGGCGUUGGGCGGCGCGGCGGCGGCGGCGGGGCCGAGAUCUAGGUCUUGGGUGGCCCCGCCCGCCGUGGGUUACAUGGCCCGGAACUUUCGCUAUGCCUUCAAUAGCUUUGCGUGGUCGCAGGCCGUGCGGAAUAAGCCGCUGGGGCUACAACCGCCUGCCCCAGACGACGACGAGGUGGAGCACGCCGUGGACGUCUCCGACGGAGAGAAGGAAGAGGGCGAGAUUGAGGAGGGGGAGGCUGUGGAGGCCUUGGCCUCGCCUGCUCCUGCGCAGCCUGAGACCAUCGAUUUGGACUCCGACGCCCCGGAGAAGUCAGAGUCGGUGGCUAUCGAUGGAAGUGCCAGUGUUGUGCCUGUCCCAGCUGCUGAGGAAGAGGAGGUGAACCUUGAUCAGCGUGUGGGGAGUAUACUGGAGGAGCUCGAGAUGGUCUCCAUUGAGGAAGCUGAGAAGUCGUUCGAGGGUGCAUGCGCACGACUGCAUACCUGCUUCGAGAACCUGAAGCCUCUGUUCCAGGAACUGGAGAACGGGAGCCCGAUGGCUAUCCUUGAACCCCUCAUGCAGCAGGCGUUUAUUGGAAUUGACACACUCACCACUGUGGCGAAUUUGUAUAACUUGCCGAGGAGGGAGCAGAAUAAGACAACACUUUUGAAGUUGUUGUUCCACAUAAAAAACAGAUAUUCGGACAUGCUGACGCCUGAGCAGCGAGAAGAGAUGGACAGCCGCGUGAGGAAGUUAGUUUUUGGAGAGAAAGACAAUGUCAGUGACCCAAGUACCAGUUGUGGCACCAGUGCGAUAAAUGUUUCAGCUCCAUCUGGGCAGGUUUCAAACACAGGAGGACUGCCAUUUGAAUCAGGUGCAGCAAAUCUAUUUAGUAGCUUGCCAAGGUUGGAAGUACCUGCCAAAAGGAAUAGUCCCUUGUUGAAUCUUCAUGCAGAUUAUGAUGAGAACAGCUUACCCUCGCCAACCCGGGACAAUGCACCGCCUUUUCCUGCGCUAAAGCCUAUUGGUUUUGGAGCAUUUCCAAUGGUACCUGAGAAACUAUCUUUCCUAGACAGAGUUGAGCCUACAAAGAAUUCGUUAUAUCCACCCUUAAAUGAUCCUCUGAAGGCUGUCUCUUCCUAUCAGCAGAAGUAUGGGCAGAAAUCUGUAUAUCCAAGUGAUGAUCUACCAAGUCCAACUCCAUCUGGUGAUGAGGGUAAACCUGCAGAUAAAGGUGGUGAUAUAUUUAGUGAUGUUUCCAGCUUCCCUGUUCCAAAGAGUAUUGUAUUACCAAGUACAAGUCAGAUGCCUGCUUCUCAACCUAGCACAGUCAGCAGCAGCAGUAUUAGUUAUGCUUCAAGUACAAGUCAGAUGGCUGCUUCUCAACCUAUCACAGUCAGCAGUAGCGGUAUUAGUUAUGCGUCUGGUCCACCUGGUUUUGCUAAACAAAUUGAGCAGUCGACUGCAGGUCCGAAUCAUGCAAUAAAGGCAGCAUCCAAAAGUAGAGAUCCGAGGCUCAGAUUUUUGAACCGUGAUUCUGCUGGUGCUACAGAUGUAAAUUGGCGUGCAAAUUUUUCAGAACUGAAGGAUGGGAACUUGGGUGGAGUUUCAGUUGGUAACCGUAAACAGAAAGCAGUUGAUGAUCCUCAGGUGGAUGACAAUGCGUUAAAAAGAUUUAGGGGCGGAAUUGCGAAUCAGAGAGACAUGCAGCCUACGGGGAACCCCAAUCAGCUUAUGAACAUCAGGGCUCCUACACAUAGUAGCAGUAUCAAUAUGAAAACUUUGCAACCUCCUCAAACUACUGCUCCACAUGUCAGUGCGGCUCCUGCUGUCCCAUUGCCUCCUAUGUUGUUAAAGGACAUUGCUGUGAACCCAGCAUUGCUUAUGCAUUUGAUCCAAAUGGAACAUCAAAAGAAGUCAGCAUCAGAAAGUCAGGGUGGCAUGUCUAGUGGGAUGACCAACAAUGGAAUUGCAGGCAUGGUUUUCACACCUGGCAAUGCUCCGAAGAUCACAGAAGCUGCACAAGUCCCAUCUGUUAGGCCACAGGUUCCAGUGCAGACACCUCCUUUGAACUCACAAAAUGAUGGUGGAAUCGUUCGCAUGAAGCCCCGUGAUCCACGGCGCAUCCUACACAAUAACAUAGCACAGAAAUCUGAUGCAAUGAGCUUGGAGCAAGUGAAAAAUAAUGGAACUACACAGCCAGACUCUCAGGGCACCAAGGACCAGACUACUCCAGUGCCUUCUCAACCAGCCUUGCCGUCUAGCAUUGCAAGGCCAUUCAGCAGCGCAAAACAUGUUGAUCCUGUCUCUAAUUCACAGUUAGCUGCUACAGCUAUUAUGGCUCCGACACAAGCUUUGAGUAGCGUAAAUAAGGUGGAUCCAAGACUAGCAGUUGAACAGAAUGGACAAAAUGCUGAUGCAACAACAAAUGGUGCUUCUGCAACAACACUUGAAGCUACACAGCCUGUUAGUCCAUGGGGUGAUGUUGAUCAUCUCCUUGAUGGAUAUGAUGACCAGCAAAAGGCUCUGAUACAGAAGGAAAGGGCAAGACGAAUAACAGAACAACACAAAAUGUUCUCAGCACGGAAGCUAUGCUUGGUGCUUGAUUUGGAUCACACCCUUCUUAAUUCUGCAAAGUUUAUAGAAGUGGAACCAAUUCAUGAAGAGAUGUUACGGAAGAAAGAGGAGCAAGACAGGACUUUGCCUGAACGUCAUCUCUACCGUUUUCAUCAUAUGAAUAUGUGGACGAAGCUGAGGCCAGGAAUAUGGAACUUUCUUCAGAAGGCUAGUAACCUGUUUGAGUUGCAUUUAUACACUAUGGGAAACAAACUGUAUGCUACUGAGAUGGCCAAGGUUCUUGAUCCUACUGGGACCUUGUUCGCUGGACGAGUCAUAUCAAGAGGUGAUGAUGGUGAUCCUUUUGACAGUGAUGAACGAGUGCCAAAAAGUAAAGAUCUGGAUGGGGUACUGGGUAUGGAAUCUGCAGUUGUGAUCAUAGAUGAUUCUGUAAGAGUCUGGCCUCAUAACAGGCACAAUUUGAUAGUUGUAGAGAGAUACACCUAUUUCCCCUGCAGCAGGCGUCAAUUUGGCCUUCCUGGACCAUCACUUCUAGAGAUUGACAGAGAUGAGAGGCCUGAGGAUGGUACCCUUGCUUCUUCACUUGCGGUCAUUGAGAGAAUCCACCACAAUUUUUUUUCACAUCCUAACCUCAAUGAGGCUGACGUGCGGAGCAUACUAGCAUCUGAGCAGCGAAGGAUACUUACUGGUUGCCGUAUUGUCUUUAGCCGGGUUUUCCCGGUUGGAGACGCCAGCCCUCACUUGCAUCCUCUGUGGCAGACUGCAGAACAGUUUGGUGCAGUCUGCACAAACCUGGUUGAUGAUCGGGUCACUCAUAUUGUUGCAAACUCCCCUGGGACAGACAAGGUGAAUUGGGCAUUAUCCAAAGGCAAAUUCGUAGUGCAUCCAGGAUGGGUAGAAGCUUCAGCUCUGUUGUACCGGCGCGCCAACGAACAUGACUUUGCAGUCAAAUAACACCCUCCCUGAGCCCGAAUUCAUCAUAUAGGCUUCGGGGAAGAAUUCUUCUCAGGGAUGGAAUGUGUUCAUGGUAACCUAACAUGAUUAAAAAAAAACCAUAACAACAUAUCUAAAAUGGGACCAUGGUAAGAAGGAAAACCACCACCCAAAGAAUUUCAGGCCUUAAAAUGAAUGGUAACGAAGAAAACGCUUUAUGAUAGCCUGGAAGAGGAGACUGGGUCUGUUGUGGAUGUCAUUACCUAGGUGGUGGGUGGUCAAGAUUCCUUUUUAGAAAGCCAGCAAAGAUGCGCGAAAAAAGUGAUGAUGAGCAGAUGCUCACCGCCUCAUCCUUUGUAACAUGUAGUAGUAAAAGUGGUGCAGUUUUGGUAAGGGUCCUAGGUUCAGAAAUGUUGCUUCUGGCCAAGGGAACUUGGGGGAUUUUGCCGUUUUGGUAGCUGCCGCUGGUCGCCUGUCGAAAGUGUGGCCUCAGCUGAACGGCGUCAUGAAUCAUUGGUGCAGCGCAUUUAAUAGGAUGGGUUUGCUAUGUCAGUGUUUGUGUUAGGAGUAGCUUGAGUAUAAAGCUGGUUCAAAGGCACGGGACACCUGGUGCUUUGCCUGCUGCUGCUCGAAACGUACUCGUCCCCCUUCCGAAACUUUAAGGCAGAAAAACGUUUUGUUCAGUUGGGUCAGGUAAAGGGGUUGAGUUGAUGGCAUCAGAGUCAGAGAAGAACCAGCUGAUUCAGGUUAACGGGUUGAAGAUUUCAUGCCGUCAGUGAACGCGUUGGUUGCUAUAUGGAAGGUUGGUAUUCCAAAAAAGAAACGCGUGACAUGUCUUCUAACUGAAAAGGAAAAAAACCGUUAUAAUUUAACUGUUUUCGCGAGAAUUGGUUCUUUUGGGAUGAUGCGGCCGGUUUUUUUAGUGUUUGUUUUCCGAACAAGCUUUUGUUUGCGGCCUUACUGACAAGGAUGUUUUGGCCAUUUUGGUUGUUUCAACUUU